CCCAGAUGAAAAUGCUUGAUUCCACCGGCAAUUGUGCGCGUGCAGCGUUAAGAUGCCCAUAGACUUACCCACUAUAUGGGUACACAAGGGGUCUUGACCUCGUUAUCGAUGUAAGCGAUGUACACAGUACCCCAUGUACUCGUACCGGUCCAUGCAAAAUUGGUACUCCUGAUACGGAGCAAAAACGCCCCAGAACCCCGGAACUGACUCUCCAGGUCGAGUGGCAAUGGCCGCUAUCCAAGUAUAAGAUCGGCAGUAUAUGUCACAAUCCAACUCCUCCUUCCUUCUCUCUUCCUCUGUUAUCACUUCUUACCCUUCCCUUUUUUCACUCUUUCAGUGAGUACCAGUCAUACCUAACAUGGAGUCGGGCCCUACUUUCCUCGGCCUGCGUGGCCAACCUCUUGUCUAUGCCGUCACCCUUACUAGCUCAUUUGGCUUCUUGCUGUUCGGUUAUGACCUAGGCUUCAUGGGUGGCUUGACCACGUCCACUACAUUCCUCAACGUCUUUGGCAACCCAAAUUCCGCACUGUUGGCGUUCAUCGUUGCUUCCUAUGAGGUUGGAGCCCUGUUCGGCGCGCUUUUCCAGUUUGCUCUGGGUGACAGAUAUGGCCGCAAGCCCAACAACCUUGGUGGUGCUGUCUUGGUCGCCAUCGGCGCGAUCCUCCAGACCACGACUACAACAUUAGCCCAGUUCCUUGUGGGCAGAAUCAUUUCAGGUUUUGGACUCGGCUGUAUGACUACUGUCAUUCCCAUUUGGUUGACUGAAUGCGCCACCCAAAUGAAUCGCGGUCGAAUGAUGGCAAUGCAACUUUCCAACCUCAUUAUCGGCCUCAUCCUGGCCAAUUGGCUCGACUACGGCAUGGCCACCUACUCAUCAAGCGUCUCCUGGCGCUUUCCUUGCGCCUUCCAGAUAAUCUUCUGCAUCAUAGUUUGCUGCCUGAUGCCCUGGCUACCAGAGUCUCCUCGUUAUCUGUUCCGCGCCGGCAAAAUUGAGCAGGCCACCACCUCGUUGGCUGCGCUUCGUGGCAGUACCCGAGACAAUCCCGACGUCCAGUUGGAGAUCAAAGAGAUUCAGUAUAUCCUUGCUGUCGAAGCUGAAGAAGUUGGAUCAUGGUCCGAUUGCUUCAAGGACGGGGGCAUCUACGGCUGGCAGCGAGUGGCCAUUGCCUUUUCAGCCAAUUUCUUCCAACAGCUGUCCGGUGUCAACGUCAUGUCCUCCCUCGGUCCUUACGUCUUCGAAACCUCGAUCGGUAUGAGCGCUCACAACGCUCUUCUCGUGGCGGGCGGUCUCCAGGUCUUUUACUUCCUCAGCUCUUUGAUCCCUUGGUAUACUUCAAACAACAUCGGACGCAGGAAGCUCUUCAUGAUCGGAUCCGCUGGUAUGGGCGUCUGUAUGCUUCUCUCAGCCAUCUUUGUUGGUGUUGGUAACAGCACCGGCAAGAAGGGUCUCGGUUAUGCCGCUGCGGUCGUCCUUUACAUCUUCCAAACUUUUUUCACAUUAGGAUGGCAAUCGAAUAUGUGGAUCUACCCGAGUGAAAUCCUUCCUCUGAAGCUUCGUCUUCGUGGUGGAGCUCUUGCAGUGGUCUCGCAAUGGAUGUUCACCUUCUUGGUCGUUCAGAUUACGCCUCCAAUGAUUACCGGCAUCAACUAUCGAAGCUACAUCGUCUUUGCCGUCAUCAACUUCUUCACUAUUCCCUGCGUCUACUUCUUCUAUCCCGAGACACAAAAGCUUCCUCUUGAAGCCAUCGAUUUGAUGUUCACCGGCCGUCGUGGAGAGCAGCGACCCAGCUUCAUGCAAGCUGUCCGCAACUCGACCAACAAAGAAUACAAGGAUACUAUCAUGGCCACUUUGAUUGAACGAGCAGACACCGAAGGGGAACAAGGUAUCAAAAUGUCAGCGCCUGUCCAUGAGGAAGCUGCGAAGGUAUGAGAUGGAGAAUGUGUGGACAUUGCAAGCAGAGUGUAAAUAUCUUUGAUGAAAGUAAGAAGAGCUAUUCAGAUUUUUAUGCUUAGCGAUAGACGAGAAAUCUGAGAUAUUCCCAUGCUUCACCCUGUGUCCAGUCGUUAUCGUUGCUCGAAACCCAGCAGCACAACGGCAUGGAUGGGCGACUUGCCCGUCGUCCUUGCCGC